AAGAAUUAGCAGGGGAGGUGGAGGGAUUUCCUUAAAGCAGGUAGUGGCGAAACAGCAAGGGUGCUCAGUAUUAGUGUAUGAGACAGAAUGAGUCUAGUGUUUAACAAAGAUUGUGGUCAUAGAAAUUGUCAUGGAGGGGAAUUCACACGCCAAGGAACCAAACUCUAUACAAGAUUCAACGGGUUCCAGAUGCUGUACUUCGUUGUCACUGAGUCGUGUCUGCAAUAAAGAACCUGAUAUCACUGCCGUCAUUCAAGACUUUCAACCUGAUCCAGUCCGCCCAGGAGACUCUGUGACUCUUCAGUGUUCCGUCCUCUCGGACUCUGAGGACAAACCAUGUCCAGGUGAACACAGUGUGUUCUGGUUCAGAGCUGGAUCAAGUGAAUUUCAUCCCAGUUUAACAUACGCUCACAGAAACCGUGGUGAUGAAUGUGAGAAGAGUCCUGAGGCUUACUCUCCACAGAAAUGUGUUUACAACUUAUCUAAAACUGUCAGCUCCUCUGAUGCCGGGACAUAUUACUGUGCUGUGGCCACAUGUGGGGAGAUAAUAUUAUUGGGAAAUGGAACAAAACUGGCAGUUGAAGCAGCCAACACGUCGUCCAGAGAUUGUCAGCGGGCCGAUACUAUUCUGUCUCUGUUGUGUGCUGCUUUGGUUACAAGUUUGAUGGUUAUAGCCUUACUGGUAUACACCAUCAAGAAAAACAAGUUCAAUUGUUGUAAUGCUGCAACUGCGGUCCUGCAAACAAAUGCAACAUCUACUGGUGGUCAACAAAGUCAGCAAGCAGAUGAAGACUCAUUGGUUUAUUCUGUGCCACACUUCACCAGAGGGAAAGCUGGCAGGAGUGUCAACAGAGAUGCAACAACAGUCGAGGGCGAGAGCAUCUACACUGAUGUCAGGGUUUUAGGGUAGGAACAGCAAUGCUUGAAUGGUACAUGUCCUGUUCUAUGGCAAAUAUUUUCUCUGGAGUGACAUAAAAAUGUCAGUUACUGUAAAUGUUUAAACCAGACCUUUAUGUCUAUUGACUUUUGUUUUUUUUAUCUUACAUUUUAUGUCAAUAUGGAUAUACUGUAUAUGAUACACUGAUUUGCUUUUUUGCAAAGUUAAAUUAGAAGUGUUUCCUACGCAUUCUGUCUCUUCUUAAGUCAUAGAAAGUUUAACCUUGUGGAAAAUUUAUUUUUAAGCUUCUUAUGUUACAACAGGCAACAUGAAAACAUUCUUGGACAAAUUACUAUGACUGGAUUAAAGAAUUGAUCCCUUACCUCAAAUACUGUACUUCUUACUCAAUUACAAUUAUGUGCCGUAACUGAAGCUGGUCACAUUUACUUUUAGUUAACUGUCUCAGUUUAACCAACUAAUUAAUGAUGUAUUGUAGAUUUAGCUACCCAGCAGAUUAAAGUAACAUCAGUUUUAGUUUUAUUUGUUUUUUUAACUUUUACAAGCUGCAACAUAAGUGAUGCUAACACAUAAAUGUAUCAAUACUUAUAACACGAUGUAUUGGUUAUCAUUCUGACAAAGACCAUUCUGCAUAAUGAGUAUGUGUAAGUAUAUUUUAAUGCUAAUACUUUUGCUAC